CCUAGCAAAAAAACGCAUUUUUCAGCAAGAGGCUUUGGUCUGACUCUGACUUCUGGAAAGCAACAAAAAUGCUGGUAAAAUCCAAGCUCUCAGUAGCGUGCCACAGAACGUCUGCAGCGGCUUGUACUACGCUUUACAACGUAUUUUAGAAGGAAAGAUCUGCUUGAGGCUUUGGCUCCAAAACAGUCUCUUUUGUUUACUUGGAUUUCUUCCUCGCUCCCCUCCGGCCUCUCUGAUCAGAGUUUUCGAGCGCUUCUCCCUCCUCGAAACAUAUACAAAUGGCCACGAUUACCACGCAGAGAAGUCUUUCAGGGUCUUCCCAGAGCCCUAGAUCCCCUUCCGCGCAGCCCUUCUUAGGGAUUACCGUAACUGACCCUGUGAAAUUGGGGAAUGGCGUCCAAGCUUACAUCUCCUACCGGGUCAUCACUAAGACAAACUUUCCUGAAUAUCAAGGUCCAGAGAAAAUCGUUAUCCGGCGUUAUAGUGAUUUUGUAUGGUUGCGUGAUCGUCUUUUUGAGAAGUACAAGGGCAUAUUUAUUCCUCCUCUUCCAGAGAAAAGUGCCGUAGAGAAAUUCCGCUUUAGUUCUGAGUUCAUUGAGAUGAGGCGUCAGGCAUUGGAUAUAUUUUUGAACCGUAUUGCCUCACAUCCAGAGCUUCGGCAAAGUGAAGACUUGAGAACCUUCUUGCAAGUAGACGAAGAGACAAUGGAGAGAGCCAGAUCACAGGAAACUGGUAUCUUUAAAAAGAAACCUGCAGAUCUGAUGCAAAUUUUCAAGGAUGUGCAAUCUAAAGUAAGUGACGUUGUUCUUGGAAAGGAAAAGCCAUUGGAAGAAUCAAGCCCUGAAUAUGAGAAACUUAAACAUUACACCUUUGAACUUGAAGAUCACUUGGCGGAAGCACAGAAGCAUGCUUUUCGUCUAGUGAAGAGGCACAGAGAGCUGGGACAAUCACUGGCAGAUUUUGGCAAAGCAAUCAAACUUUUGGGUGCAUGUGAAGGAAACUCUCUUGGGAAAGCUUUUUCUGAACUUGGAUCAAAGUCGGAAACGUUAUCAAUUAAGCUACAGAAGGAGGCUCACCACCUGUUAAUGAAGUUUGAGGAACCUUUAAAAGAUUACGUUCGUGCAGUGCAGUCUAUUAAGGCCACAAUGGCAGAGAGAGCAAAUGCCUUCAAGCAUCAAUGUGAAUUAGCUGAAACAAUCAAGCUGAAAGAGAUAAACCUUGAUAAACUGAUGCUAACACGAUCAGAUAAGGUUGGAGAAGCUGAGAUUGAAUAUAGGGAGUUGAAAGCAGAGGGCGAGGAAGCGACCAGAAGAUUUGAAACAAUUGUGCGGCUAAUGAGUGAAGAAAUUGUGCGUUUCCAAGAGCAGAAAACACUGGACAUAGGUAUUGCUUUCCAUGAACUUGCAAAGGGGCAAGCACAGAUGGCAAAUGAGAUAGCAGAUGCCUGGCGCAGUCUCAUCCCCAAGCUAGAAGCUUGUUCUGCUCGCACAUGAAUCACAAGAAAACCAUGAAUAAGCAUUCACUGUUCUGGGAAGCUUUCCUUGGGUUUUACUACAUAAGGUCUUCUCUUGUAUAGUUUAAAUUCUGAAAGUCAAUUCAUCUAUAGGUUGUUGUAAAAAUGUUGGUUAAAUUUUCAUUAUGUAACUUGUACCAAUUUCAAGUAUAAUAAACUUUGCUCAUUUAAUUCA